GGCUCUUCUCUGGGCAUGUCUCAUACCCCUCAAGAGGGGCUGGUCCCCAGACUUCUUCUGUAGGGGCAUCCAGUGCAAUGAGUCAGGUUCUUCCCAGUUCCUCUCAGUCUUGGACUUGCUGCCUGUGCAGCCACUGGCUCUUGGAGGAGGGAGAUAGGGCAUCUGCACAUCCUGAGGGCCCAGGCAGGUGUGGGAGUGGUGUGCCCCUGUCUCAGUUUCACCUGUCCUUGAGGAGCACGUUUUUCCCCUCUGCGUCUGUACCAUCCCCCAGCUCUGAGCCCUCAGAGGGACAGGAUUGGUGCUGGGUGGUGUGUCCUUCAUUUGAGAUCCUGAGUGGGAGUCAAGGGAGGUAAUCUCCAAAUAGGGCUCAUUGUUGGCAUCUCCAGAGCCCACCUAGUCCUCCCAUGGGAGGUCCUUGGGGGAUGGGGUUGCCGUGGGCAACUCCAGAGGUGACUCGCUCUCUAUGUCUCCAGAAGCCACCGCAGCUUUUCGAUGCGACGCAGGUCUUUCGGCUGCAGGAGAGAGGUCGGGGGGUAUGCGUGCCACAUCCCCUAGCUCACCCGUGGCUGUACUGUUCGCACACCGGGUCGCGCAUGGUGUCACCGCACACUAUCCGUGCAGCGCGCGCGGGUCCGCGUCCCCGCGCGCAACCCGUUCACACGUGCAAGGUGCCAUAUGCACGCGCGUCUCGCGGUCCCGCCGCGGCGGCGGCAGCGCCCGUCGUGCUGCCGCACGUGUGUGGCGUUGCCCCUGGCGCCCCGCACACAGGGGCGCGCACUCCUCUGUUCUCUUCUCCCGCCCUCACCGUCGACAGCCCCGACCCUUCUUCGGCGCUCGGCUACCCGCGCCUGGCGGGGCGGGGCAGGGCCUGCAUACUGAUGAGCGCGCGGCCCCAUUGUGCGCGGCGGCCGCGGCCCGGCCCCGCCCCCCGCGGAGCUGCGGCCGCGCGCGGCUGAAGAUCCCGCGCAGACUCCGCGCAGCUGCGCGCGCCCCGCGCCGCCAGGGCCAUUUUGGGCCGCCGCCGCCGCGUGAUGGUUCAUUUGCAUACGAGGCUGUUCCUUGGCAACCAAGCACCAAUCAGCCACCGGGAUCCCUCUCCGUGGUAACCACUGUCUGGGGUGUCAGCAACCCCUCCCAGAGCCAGGUUUUUGGCAGCCCCAUGGGCCCUGGGGGGAGCAGCUCCAGCACACCACUGCUGUCUGGCAUGGCAGGCACUGGCUCGGGCAUGAGCUCACCGCCAUUCCUGCCACAGCAGCCCUUCGCUGAGGGGGCACCAGGGAAGGGAUAUGUGCAGCCAAGUGUCUAUGGCCGCAAUGCCUACCCCAGUGGGCCAGGCUUCCCUGCCAGCUACAAUGGUGGCCCGAGUGGCCCUGGAGGGAUGGGGCUUCCCUCGCACACCAGCCGGGCCACUGCUGAUUUCACCCAGGCAGCAGCUGCUGCUGCUGUGGCUGCGGCUGCUGCCACAGCCACGGCCACAGCCACAGCAACGGUGGCAGCACUGCAGGAGAAACAGAGCCAGGAGCUGAGCCAGUACGGUGCGGUAAGAGCCUGGCUGUGGCAGAACUGGGGACUUGACAGCCCCCCCUGCUCUGCUGUGACCCCUAUCUCUUUGUUGCUGCAGAUGGGCACAGGGCAGUCUUUCAGCAGCCCAUUCCUCCCCCAUGCCGGGCCCCGUGGCCCCAACAGCAUGAGCCAAGCUGGCAUGGCAGGUGUUGUGGCCCCCUCUGGUGUCUCCCCUGUGAGCAUGAGCCCAGUGCGGGCGCCCGGUACUGGCCCCCUCUAUGGUGGGCAGCGAGUGCCACAGCACACCUACCCUGGCCCUCCCCAGAGCCAGCAGCUGCCUCGCCAGGGCCUCAAGCGGGCAUACUCCAAUGAGGGGUACCCAGCACAGCAGUACCUCCAGGGUGGGCAGUAUGCUGCAGCUGGUGCCCAGUAUGCCCCCAGCGCCCCCCAGUCCUCCGCUCCGUCCCCCUCAUACCCUGGCCACAGGCUGCAGCAGAGCAUGGGCCAGUACCUCUCCGCUUCAGGCAAUGCUGGACCCUAUUACAAGCCAGCUGACCAGUUCAACGGGCAGAGCGCCAGCUUCAGCACUUACAGCCAAGCAGCCAUCAGUGGGCCAGGCCGGUCGCUGCCAGGGUACCCCAGCUCGCCGCUGGCCGGGAAUCCCACACCACCCAUGACGCCAGGCAGUGGCAUCCCCGCCUAUGUGUCCCCUGGUCAGGAUGUCAAGUCACCCUUCCUGGCAGACAUGAAGCCCAGUGUUGCCCCCAUGCACCCAUCCCCUUCGGGGCCGGCCCCCGGCGAGGAGUUGCGACUGACCUUCCCAGUGCGGGACGGGGUGGUGUUGGAGCCCUUCCGCCUGCAGCACAACCUGGCUGUCAGCAACCACGUCUUCCAGCUCCGUGACUCUGUCUACAAGACCCUCAUGAUGAGGCCUGACCUGGAGCUGCAGUUCAAGUGCUACCACCAUGAGGACCGGCAGAUGAACACCAACUGGCCGGCCUCUGUGCAGGUGAGCGUCAACGCUACGCCCCUCACCAUUGAGCGUGGUGACAACAAGACCUCCCACAAGCCACUCUACCUGAAGCACGUCUGCCAGCCCGGCAGAAACACUAUCCAGAUCACUGUCACCGCCUGCUGCUGUUCCCACCUGUUCGUCCUGCAGCUGGUGCAUCGGCCCUCGGUGCGCUCAGUGCUGCAGGGGCUCAUCAAGAAGCGCCUCCUCCCUGCUGAGCACUGCAUCACCAAAAUUAAGCGCAACUUCAGCAGUGGGACCAUCCCAGGGACGCCAGGGCCCAAUGGUGAGGACGGUGUGGAGCAGACAGCCAUCAAGGUGUCCCUCAAGUGCCCUAUCACCUUCCGGAGAAUCCAGCUUCCAGCCAGGGGUCAUGACUGCCGGCACAUACAGUGCUUCGACCUGGAGUCAUACCUGCAGCUCAACUGCGAGAGGGGGACGUGGCGGUGUCCCGUCUGCAAUAAGACGGCCCUGCUGGAGGGGCUGGAAGUUGAUCAGUACAUGCUGGGCAUCCUGAUCUACAUCCAGAAUUCAGAACAUGAGGAGAUCACCAUCGACCCAACCUGCAGCUGGAAACCCGUCCCUAUCAAACCUGAUGUCCACAUCAAGGAGGAACCGGAGGGGCCAGUGCUGAAGCGGUGCCGGACACUCAGUCCUGCACACAUGGUGCUGCCCAACAUCAUGGAGAUGAUUGCGGCCCUGGGGCCUGGCUCUGUGCCCUUCCCAGCAUUGUCACAACCUUCAGCAGGGGCUGCCACUGACUACAGCACCCCGGGUUCCAGCUUUUUGGGUCCUGGGGGCUUCCCAGAGCCUUUUGCUGCUCCUGGCGUCCCUGGCACCUCAACGCUUAGUGACUACACACCAGGCCCCCCCUCCAUCUCCUACCAGUCCAAUGUCCCAGGUGGCCUCCUGGCCCCUGAGAAGCCUCCUGUGCCCCCUCUGCCUGCACAGCUUCCCCCACCCGGACGAAUGGAGCCGUCCCACCCUACAGUGCAGACGGGGCUGCACAACACUCCCUCGGGCAGCCAGCCAGCCUCCACACUGCACUCCCGGAGCGCAGUGGCACGGCAACCCCUGGGACCCCUGGCCCACACUGCCGACCUCGUCUUCCCCCCCGCACCCAGCAUGGCCGCGGCAGGUGAUGGCUCAGAGCCUACCCUUGACCUCCUGCCUGAGCUGACGAAUCCUGAUGAGCUGCUCUCCUACCUGGGGCCCCCUGACCUCCCCAGCAGCAGCAACGAUGACCUCCUCUCCCUCUUCGAGAAUAACUGAGCCAUCCUUGCCCCCCCUCCUGGGGCUGGGGGGCAGCACUAUGUGCCCCUGCCCACUGCAGAACUGCCCCCUUCCCCACAGUGGGGGCUUUCUGAAAGGGCUGCGAUGGGACAGAGGGGCUGAGCCCCCCCAGAAGCACAAGGCUGUACAUAGUGUAGAAACACUACUGUUCCCCUGAGACUCCCCAUAUUUAAAGGCAAAGUGCAUCACCGCGGGGCUGCCCGUGCCCCCCUAUCAUUGUGCAAAUGCUGCUGCCCCAUAUACCGCACAGGUCUGGUUUGGGGUGCGGAGCUCUGCUCCCACUGCCCCCGCGCAGAGUUGCCAUGUAUGUCCCCGAUGGCUAUUAAAGGAUCCUUCUGCA